UCCAGUGUGCGCAAACACAAUCACCUAACUCAAUCAGUGCAGUUCGCAUGCAAAUCAUAUACCAUCAGUUUUGGCGCGAUAUCCUAUACACUUUGCACUUUGGUAUUGACAGUCAGACGUUGAAAAAUGUCCAUGACGUUUAAAGAAAAAGUAGAACAGAAGAACAACUUGAUUAUGCAAUGACAAAACUAGGCAAAGGCCUACAGGAAAAACUAAGAAAAAUCCGCUACGAACAAACAAAACGCUACCAAUAAACAAAAACAACAAUCGCUGUUGCAAUGCCGGUGGUCACUGCACAAAAAUCGUUUACUGGAUCCGACACCAUUGUGAACUCAUUGUUUGCUUCGCUCAACGAGCAUUUCUUCAACAACGCAUUGAAUGGCAUCACUUUGAAAUGGUUGACCGAGCUCAAGACGCGUACGGCUGUUGGUGUGAUUGCUAAGAAAGUCUUCAAUACAAAAACAAUGAUUUGCAUGAGCAAACCUCUGCUGGCAAAAUGUACACGCAAACAAUUGGUGGAAUCACUUUUGUAUGAAAUGGUUGUGUUGUACAUCGACUCGAAGUUGUCCGAAGUCAAAAAUAAUGACGACAGUGACGAUGAACAGUCGAAACAUUUUCAAGUGAUGCUCAAGCGUGCAAUGGACUCCAUAAAUCGAUUAUCGGGAACAAACUUGUCGUUCAAUUAUACACAUCGAGCCCAUUUGACCACAGACUCAUUCGAUGAAUGGAUUGAUGUCGAUGACGAAAUCAAUGUGCACAAAUUCAAUGAUACCGUGGUUUGCAUCUCUGAUGAUGACGAAGACGAAGACGACAAUGAAGAAGUAGAUAAUUUUCAAGAAAUUCGCAAAACUGGCUACGUAUCGAUUAAACCAAUCACCGAUAAGAUUAUUGUUCAUAAUAUACCCGAACAUGAUCUGUCCUGCUUAAACAACUGGAUGUUCGUUUGUUGCUGUUGCACCGAUUACGGCGCUAUGUUCGAGAAAACGUUCGCCGGUUCAAACAUCCGUUUUGUUUCAGAAACCUACAUACUUCCACAACAAUGUCCAAUUUGCUCGCAAACAAUCGAAAAAGACAAGUUAAAUGAGCAUUUGGUUCGUUCAUGCAAUAUUUUCUGUGCUCAGACGAAGCUGGACUGAUGGUGAUUUUAAUGUAUUUUCUAUUUGUUUGUUUUAUUUAAUAUUGUUUUUAUAUUGAUUUUGUAAGAGAGAAAUUGUUUAAUUUUAAAUCGAAUAUGUUCAUCGGCUUAGAAGCCAAAUCACUGCGGCCUAGAGGCCAAAUCAUCGGCUUAGAAGCCAAUCCAAGAUUAAAAACAUAAAGAUCAAUUGUAUCCAAUGUGAAUGAUAGUAUUCAGAUUCCAAGUGAAUUGAAACAGAGAAUUGAAAUGAGAAUCGAAUUGACAAAUGCAUAAAAAAAAAUAGCAACCAGAUUUUGUAAUAACCUAGAUAAGAUGUGAUUGAAAUUAAAGAAAAUUGUCUGUCGUUCCUGAAAAGCGUGAAAUUAAUUUUUAUCAUAUGGCAAACAAUUCAGCACAUUUUGACAGCACUGCGUGGUAACAUAACCUCAAAACUGAGUUUGUUUUGAAAACACACAUGCACGGUCGAUGUGUUGAUUCGGUAUAAAGAUUUAGCGGUGAAAAAUGGGCGAAACAGGUAAAAAGAGUGAACUGAUAUGUGUUCCAGGACAGCGGUUGUGUUUAUCAGAUGAAAACACCGUUUCUGGCGAGGGUACAUACGAGAGACAGGGUUACAUUUACUCACUAUUGGCUGGUAUUGUGAACAGUUCACAGAAAGACAAAUCAAAAAUCAUCGAAGUGAAAACGCUCGGCAAUCAAACAAUCGUUCCAGUGGCUGGUGAUAUUGUGACGGCUCGAGUGACAGUGAUAAAUCAACGUUUUGCCAAAUGUGCAAUCAUUUGCAUUGGUGAUGUGAUUCUAAAACGAGUCUACCGGGCCCUACUGCGAAAAGAGGACGUUCGAGCUGAACGAAAGGAUGAAGUGGAUAUGUACAAAUCAUUUCGACCCGGAGACAUCAUUUUAGCUAGAAUUCUGCCACAAAACGAAUUACAUUGCUAUCAAUUGAGCACAGCCGAAUAUGAAUUGGGUGUCGUCGUAGCACACGCAGCCGAAUCUGGUCCACAAGGCGUUCCAAUGGUGCCCGUGAGUUGGACAGAGAUGCAGUGCCCAGAAACACUGGCCAAAGAACCACGGAAAGUGGCAAAAAUCGUUCCAGAAAGUGCUGUACAAGAGGCGACCAACAACAAAACUUAAUGUUUUUUUUCAUGCAUAAAAUCAAUUUUAUUUACGUUUUUAUUACAUUUUAUAAAGGAAAAUAAAACAAAAUAUGUAUUAAGAGCUAA